UAAUACAGAUUUGAGCCUCCUUGUGUAACUUUUUAUAUAUUUACACCUCUGGUUACAGUAACUAACAGUAACGUUUAUCACGGGCUGAAAUAUCGCGAUGUUUCGUGAGGCCGAGGGUGUGGCGGGGACUGCUUUUAUCUGUUCGUGCUGCAAACGAGCUACAAAACAUUUUUUUUUCUCCACAAGAGGUUUUAUUUGGGUUGAAUACUUUUUAUAAACUUUAUUUAAACAAUACUUACAAAAACAUCUCAUACAUUAAAAUUCAUGUACAGGUGAUCAGGUGAUCAGGUGAUGGCAGGAAACAUCAUCUUCACUGCAAAUGAGAAGAUUUACCUGCACGGCUUCAUCAGGUGAUCGGCGUCGGGGGGGCCUCGCCUCGAUGUUUCGUCUGAUCGCGUCCUCUCUGUGCCUGCGGUGUCAGCGUGUCCCCGCUCUGCCCGCCAUCCUGCGGCCAUGUGCGACGCUGAGCGCGGCGGAGAACCAGCAGACGGUGGAGGCGCUCUACGACCUCUCUGUGGACAUCCAGAAGGUCCGUAAGCUGAAGAGCUGGGUCCUGCAUCAGAGCCCCGCCUACACUAAGGAGGUGGCCGACCUGCUGAGGGACAUGGGGGCGUCCGGCUCGGUCAUCGCCCGGAUCCUGGCGCUUCACCCUGAGUCUAUCCUUUGCUGCCCGGAGCAGGUGGAGGCUCAGAGGGAGCUGUGGAUGUCCGUGUGCCCCAACCAGAAGGAGCUGGUCAGCAUCAUCGAGAAAUUCCCCGCCUCUUUCUUCACCUCCUCCAGUCACCAUGACAACCAGCGGGACAACAUUGCGUUCUUCCAGAGCUUGAACCUCAACAAGCGUAUCGUCACCAAGCUGAUGGCGAGCGCUCCACUGAGCUUCAGCCGGCCGGUGGAGCAGAACCAGCUGAUGGUGCGGACGCUGCAGCAGGCGUACACAGAACUGGGCGGCGAGGACGCCAACAUGAGGAUCUGGCUCCAGAAGCUGCUGAGUCAGAACCCGUUUGUCCUCCUGAAGCCUCCGGACACGCUGAGGCAGAACCUGCUGUUCCUCAGAGACCGCGGCUUCAGCACGGCCGAGCUGCUCCGCCUCCUCUCCAAACUCAGAGGCUUCGUCACCGAGCUGAACCCCGAUAACAUGCGCCGCACGCUGGCCUUCUCCCAGGACGCCAUGGGCUGCUCCGAGGAGGAUCUACGGGACACCGUCCUCAGCUGUCCCGCUCUGCUUUACUACCCCGAAGAGGUCCUGUCUGAGCGCUUUAACGGCCUCCUCAGCGCCGGGGUCAGCAUGUCUCAGAUCACAGAGACCCCCACCGUGCUCGAGCUCACCACACAGAUCAUCAUCUAUCGGAUGCAGCGCCUGAGAUCGUACGGAUAUGACGUAAGGACAGGAAGUCUGCAGGUUUUAAACGGCACUAAGAAGGACUUUGAGGUGAGCUGUGGACGGCUUCAGAUCCGCAGAGAGAGGCCGCUUUUCAACCCGGUCGCACCUCUAAGAGGAGACGACUGACAGAAGAAUGAAUCAAAACUGAAUGUUUUCUGGUCACGUGAUUGUGUACAUCUAAAUUAUAUCACAUUAAAGUGCCCACACUAUAAAGUCA